UGUAGUUUCCUGUGUUUGUAAACUGAGAAAAUUUGGAACUCCGACAAGAAAUAUUAAUCUGCAAACUCAAAAAAACUAAAGGCUUGGUUGCUGGGCUGUGAGGCGGUGCUGUCCAGCAUGGCCCUGAUGCAGGCCAACAACAUGUCUGGGGGACAGAAGAAGAUGAUGUCACAGCACAGCCAGGGCCAGAGGGACAACAACAACCCUGAGAGCCACCAGCAGCAGUCUCACCAAUCACACCAUGGACACCACAACAACCACCAGUCCCACUCCCACCACAGCCACAUGGUCCUGCCCUUGGGGGUCAGCUGCCCACCCCUGUUUAUCAGAAAGGAUGGACACUCAUUUCAUGCACCCAGGCUGCUGGAUGAGAAAGAUAUGCAGGCCAGCCAGAAUAUACAACCGACAAAAAAGAAGCACAGAAAAUCAGCAACACCCAACAAGCUGAGAGAGAAAGUGGAGCAGGUGGAGAUGGAUAUUAACGGUGAUGAUGAUCAUAAUUCACAAGUACAGAAGAACUUUAUCUGUGAGCACUGCUAUGGAGCGUUCCGAAGUAGCUACCACCUGAAGCGGCACAUCCUCACUCAUACAGGGGAGAAGCCGUUUGCAUGUGACGUGUGUGACAUGCGGUUUAUUCAGCGAUACCACCUGGACAGACACAAGAGAGUUCACAGUGGAGAGAAGCCCUACCAGUGUGAUCGCUGCAAUCAGAGUUUCUCGCGGACGGACCGUCUGCUUCGUCAUCGCCGUCUGUGUGGGGCGGGGGGGAGCAUCCCCAAGGAGGAGAACCAGUCAUUCUCCUGCGAGGGCAGAGGAGGAGCCUAUUCCCAGGAUACACCUGGGCACACGGCCACCUGGAGCCCCCUACAGCAGCAGAACAGCCGUCUGGCUGUCUGACCUCUAACCUCUGACACCCCCCCGCCCUCACAGACAGCAGUCCUCAGCUCAGUGGCGCCACAUACUGGAGCAGACCAGUACUGCAUCCUCCCUCCGCCUCAGCCCAGAUAAACCUGGCUAAGACAAACAAGACAAAGACACCAAACCUUAUGUUGUUCUCACCAGCUAGCUCAUAUCCUGUUGAUGGGAUAGUGGAUUAUUUUCUACUUUUGUAAUACUUUUUAAAAUAAUUGUUGUAUUGUUACGUACAUGGUACUUAACAGAAGGGGAAGACGAGACCUAGGGUGGGGUCGGAGCAGUUUGGGCAAGCUGUCAUAUUACUAUGGCAAUAGUGAAUUCACAAACUGACAUGUUGUAGCCUCAAGACAAGUAUGUUUUGACUGGGAAUGAUCCAUGGCGACUUGAGCUCUUUCCAGACAGUAAGUGGAAAUUCGGAGUGGAGUUCGGCAAAAUAGAUUCCUAUUAUCUCCGCCUCCGUUAGGCAGCUUUCACGUGCACCGCUGACCGCUCCGCCUGGAUAGAAUUUGGCCCCCCACCUAGCUCCAUUGAAAAUUAAUGGGAAACUCCGCCGGCGCUUCCUGCCUGGAAAGCCCUUAAAUGUGAGGUUGGUCUGGUCAAACCAAUAUGAACAACUGGCUUUGCUUUUUUACCAUUGAUUGUUUGUGGAAGCUUACCAUUGGGCAAUACUGAUCAGUAACCUAGGACACUCUUCCUGAUCAACAAGCAGCCUCAGUGGUCAGUGGCCAAGCACGUCAUACUCUGGACAUGAUUAAGUAUUUUAAGGACAAUGUUGAACACACUGGUGGCCUUGAACCACUCAGAUUCAUUCAAGUUGGUUCUGUUACUACUACUACUAGCUUAAUAGUUCCUGGUCUGACUUGUUAGUGAAUGGCCGUUGCCUAAUAGACCUGUGUAACUAGCUGAUCCUACCUUGAUGUUGAGAUCAUUGGGUUGUUGGCACAUUUCUUGUUCUUCAUUGUUAGUGUCCUACACAUCCUUCCAGUCCUUGUUAUGUUUGACUCAAUACCGUUUAAAGA